UGUAACUAAUUCUCUGACCAAAAUGCCCUGAUCUGUAUGAAAUGACGAAAACACCCUCCGACCCCGCCGCCACCGCCGUAAUUCCGCCACCACCGUUCUCUUCUUCCCCUGAAAUUAGGGUUUACUACUCAACCCUGACCCUCUCCUGCUUGAAUACUUCUCGAUGAUCUUCAAUUCACUGCCUUUAUCCACCUUUUCCGAUGAUCGCCGUCGGUUCGAAGCUUAAAGCGCCGAUCUUUGGUUCUGAGAUCACCGGAAUCAGCCGGAUUUGCAGGAAAGGCACAAUGGCUUGUCUGAAAUUAGGGUUUCGUUCUAGAUCUUCCCAGAAAUCGAUAAAGGAGGCUGAUGAGCCGGGUCCAGUUUGGUGGAGAGGCUGGUUCAAGAUGAAGAAGAAGAAGACGAAAGGGGAGAUAGUGGAGGUGGAGUCAGUCCGGGGUGGCGAGGAUCUCUGGAACGCUGCUGCUGCUGCUGCUGCUGAAGAUCAUGGCGUUUUCCCGGAGCACCUUGUUAUAAUGGUCAAUGGCCUUGUUGGAAGUGCAGAGGAUUGGAGAUUUGCAGCUGAACAAUUUGUAAAGAAAAUUCCCACAAAAGUAAUUGUUCAUCGAAGUGCAUGUAAUUCUUCGAGAUUGACUUUUGAUGGUGUUGAUCUAAUGGGAGAGAGGUUAGCUGAUGAGGUAAUGUCCGUUGUGAACGACAGAAGAGGCGUUCAGAAAAUAUCAUUUGUUGCCCACUCCUUGGGUGGUCUUAUAGCAAGAUAUGCUAUAGGAAGACUCUACGAAGCUGGUGGUGUUGGGAACCACUCAGACAAAGGAAAAGGUCAUGAAGGUAGGAUAGCCGGAUUAGAGCCUAUGAACUUUAUAACAUUUGCCACUCCUCACCUUGGUUCAAAGGGGAAUAAGCAGCUUCCCUUUCUUUGUGGUGUUCCUUUUCUGGAGCAAAGGGCAUCCAAAACUGCACAUUUUAUUGUUGGAAGGACAGGGAAACAUCUAUUUCUCACAGAUGAUGAUGAUGAUGAUGGGAAGCCUCCACUUCUUCUACGAAUGGCUUAUGAUUGUGAUGAUAUAAAAUUCAUAUCCGCUUUAGGUUGUUUCAGGCGUCGUGUUGCCUAUGCUAAUGCCAAUUUUGAUCAUAUUGUUGGAUGGAGGACAUCCUCAAUUCGCCGUCAACAUGAAUUACCAAAAUAUCAUCUUCUGGUGAGCGAUGAGAGUUAUCCACAUAUUGUUUUUGUGGAUAAAGGACAAACUGAGAAUGCUCUUAUAGAAGAAUCAUCUGUUGUUGAAACUCAAAAUUAUGACUCAGAAGAGGCGAUGAUUAGAGGACUUACUAGAGUUCCUUGGGAGCGGGUGGAUGUGAGCUUCCAGAAAAGUAAGCAAAGAUAUGUUGCACAUAAUACCAUACAGGUGAAGAGCUACUGGUUGAAUUCCGAUGGUGCAGAUGUGAUCUUUCAUAUGAUUGAUAAUUUUCUUAUUUAGUCCCAUCUACAAGAUGCAUGCUUUACAUGCUAAGAAGGAGUUUGAUUAAGAAGGAUUGGCAAAACAAAUUCAAUUCAUAUAGCAGCAUGAGAGUUGAAGAUGGUUCUGCUUGAUUAUGCUGUGUUUUCCCGGUUGAUGUAUAGAAGGGCGAAGAACUUUCCAGUAAAUACUAAUUCUUUAUACUUAAUCAAAGACAUUCACCGUAUCUUAUUUCAAUACUUUUCUAUUGUCUAGUGUUAUUGGGGGCAUAGGGUUGUAUCGUGGCGUGAUUAAAUAGCUGUCAGUUUCUUUUAGGUCUGCUGUCAAGCAUCUGUAAUGCAGAGUGUUGACUUUAUGACAAAACUUUGCGUAUGUUUUCCGCAAUAUCAAAUUUUCCUUUAAUCUAAUUCUGUCAUUCUUUCUUCCAAGUUUUCUAAAUUCUUUCAUCAUAGUUUGAAUUGAAUUCAAUGCAAAUGUUUAAUCAUAUGUACAGUGUUAUCAGUCAAGUAAGUUAUAUUCUGACAUUUGCUGAAUAAUCUAUCAUAUAGGGUACCUUACCCAAAGUAUAAUCGUUAUAAAAAUUUAAUCUCAGAAGUUUUUAGUGUUUCAUCAAGUGAUAUCCAUGUUCCUUGUCAUAACCCGACAUGAAUUUUUAGUGGAUUGUUACAAAAUCAUGUGGAACCAUAGGUUACUUGAAUGCUACAAAAUUAGUGAACUCAAACUUUCUCGGCUCAUUCUGUGAAUCUCUGAUCGGUUGAUAUUAACUACUUAAUAUUGACAUAAUUAUGAAUUAUGUUCAGAAUUCUUAUCUAUUUGCUCAAAUUAUGGUUUUUAUAUGCAGAAAAAAUCAACUUAAAUAUCAGAGUUGUUAAUUUCUUGAUCAAAUACUUAUACCAAAUAAUUACUAGUUUUAAUCCUAGGCCACUUCUUGUAACCAAAAUAGAGAGUG